AUGCGGUGCACCUUUUCAUCGGCGUGAUGGGGCCGGGGAUCUGUUAUUCGGAAAUUGCCAUUCACUUCCUGGAAGUUUAAACAGGCUCUAAAGCUUCACUUGGUUUUGAAAACUGUGAAAGCUGUGAACUUCGACUGAAAAGAGGGAUGAAGGCCUAACUGAAUUCCACAAAGUGAAAGGCUCCCAUAGCAGUCAUGGCCAUGAGUCCUGAGGCCAUUAAGAAGGCCGUGCUGUCUGGAGAUCUGGACAUCAUCCCUCCUAUUCCAUCCAAGGUGGUCCGGAUUUUCGUCAGCUCUACUUUCGGAGACACCAUCGCUGAGCGGAACUCCUUACUGGACCGUGCCUACCCAACCCUUCACGAUUGGUGCGUCCUGCAUGAUCUUGAGUUCCAGGUCGUGGACAUGAGAUGGGGAGUCCGUGACGAAGCCAGUGCGUACCACAUGACCACGGCACUGUGUAUCCGUGAGAUCAAGAACUGCAUGAGGCUAUCCUUGGGACCAAACUUUAUGUUCAUUCUUGGCCAGCGAUAUGGCUGGAGACCCAGCCCCGCCAGCAUAGAUGCUAAAAAUUACCAGACUCUCCUCAAAUACACCAAAGAACAGGAAUCCACCCUGCUGGGUGAAUGGUAUCUCCUGGAUGAGAACUCACACCCGCCCAUGUAUGCCCUCCAGCCAAUCACCAAAGAGAAAACUGAUCAGUGGAAAGCAGCUGGGAAGGAACUGCCCAAUGUGCUGAGGCGGGCCGCUACACUGGCAGCCCAGGCGGGGGAGAUUGAGGAUGAAGUGCGGCAUACAUUUUUCAUGUCAGUCACUGAGCAAGAAUUGAGAGCAGCCCUAGACGUUCCGGUUCCAGACAACCACUGUGUGGGCUUCAUGAGAAAUCUGAAUAAUCUCUACGGUUCCACAUCCGAUGCCAAUGCGAGCCGCUACUGUGACGUGACCGCUGAUGGCAAGCUGGACGACGAAGCCAGAGAGCUCCUAGAGCAUCUCAAGACGACGGACAUCCCUGCUAAACUGAGCCCCAGCAACAUCCAUCACUACAGCAUCCAGUGGACCGAGGAGGGAGUCACUACCACCAACAGCGAUCACAAAAACUACGUCAAGCAGUUUACUAGGACCUUUGUGGAGGACGUCAAGAGGCUGGUGGUGAAGGCCAAAGAGCAGGAGUCGGCCAAGGGAAACUUGAGCGAAGACUGGCUCUUUAAGGAAGUCUCCCACCACGCCGAGUUCUGCCGCAGUAAGUGUAAGAACUUUUGUGGCUGUGAGGACACCUUGGAAAAGAUCUUUGGCGCAAUUGGGGAGGGCUCGCAAUCAUCGAUACACCACGUUGUGGCCCUUCAUGGCCCCUCAGGAAGCGGCAAGACAUCCAUAAUGGCCGUUGUUGCUAAUAAGGCACGUCAGCAUCUGGGCUCCUCUGCAGUGGUCAUCUUACGUUUCUUGGGAACAUCUUCCCACAGUUCCUCCAUCCUCCAGGUCCUCAGGAGCAUCUGCUUACAGAUUUGCAGCGUCUAUGGCCUCCCGCCACCUUCCCAUAGCAUCCUGGGAAACUUUCAGGAGACCUCUGCCUUCUUCACUGCCACUCUCAAAUCAGUGUCGGCCGGCAGCGGUAAACAGCGCCCUCUACUGAUCAUCCUGGACUCGCUGGAUCAGUUGGAGGGCCUUCACGGAGCUCACAAGUGCAAAUGGCUACCCAAGACCAAAAUGUCAAAUGUUCAUAUCGUCCUGUCGACACUCCCGGGCAUGCACAGGAUCUUGGAGAACCUGAAGUUGCUCUUUCCGGCUGACGCAUGUUUCUUGGCGGUGAACCCGCUACCGGAGAGCACGGGGGUCGAAAUCUUUGGCACCUGGAUGAAGGAAAUUCACCGGCGGAUCACUAAGGGUCAGGCGGAGAUUGUCAGACAAGCUUUCAGGCACUGCAGGCAGCCUUUAUUCCUGAAGCUUGCCUUUGAAGAGGCUCGCCGCUGGAGGUCGUACACCGCAGUCACCGAGGAAGCCCUGGCCACUACCAUCAGGGCAGCUAUCUGGAAGCUCUUUGCUCGUCUGGAAGUGGAGUUUGGCACCAAAGUGGUCUCGCACGCCCUUGGAUACAUCACUGCUGCAAGGAAUGGGCUGAGCCACUCAGAGCUGGAAGACAUCCUGUCCAUCGACGAUGAAGUCCUGGACGAGAUUUACCAGUACUGGUCCCCGCCCAGCGAGGAGUUUGUCCGCAUCCCGCCCCUGAUGUGGACCAGGCUCAAGUAUGAGCUGGAGGAAUAUCUGGUGGAACGUCAGACUGACGGCAAGACAGUCAUGGUUCUGUACCACAGACAGUUUACAGAAGCUGCCAGAGAUCGUUACCUGUGUGAUCCUGACGAGAAACAGAAGAGGCAUCAAGUCAUGGCUGAGUUCUUUGCUGGAACAUGGAGCGCAGGACAGAAAAAGACCUUGAAUCUUACCCAGAGGGAGGAGGUUUACAAGGCAGAUCGCCUUGUCGCCCCGCAGCCCCUGAAACGCCACAAAGCCUACAACUACCGUAAACUGAGUGAACUGCCAUACCACUUGCUCCAUGCUCACAACACGGACGACCUCGUCUCACUGACAUUUGGCAACUUCAGUUUCCUGGAGGCUAUCACCUUGGCCCUGUCUGCUCAGCACCUGAUUGAAGAGCUGAGCUGGGUCCUUGAGAAGGAGACUAUCCUGGGCAGGAAACUACACACGGAGCUGAAACUACUACAGGACACCAUCAGGCUUGCCAAAUCCACCCUGGACUUCCAGGACAACCGGCAAUCCCUGGCUGUUGAAAUCCUGGGCCGGCUCUCGCACCUGGCCAAGGACUACCCACAAUGCAUCGGGCGCAUCGUGGAGGGCGCCGGGGACCGUUGUAAUGAGAUGAGGGAGACUCUGCUGGUACCCCUGCGCAGCUGCUUCUACAUGCCUGGCGGGCCGCUCCGGACCACGCUCAUUGGACAUUCGGGUAUCAUCCUGAGCGUGGCUGUCAACUUGUCUUGCUCUAUGUUGGCCACCGCGUCUGCUGACGGCUCCGUCAGACUCUGGGAACUGGAACACGAUGAAGAUAUUUACGUUCUGAAAGGCCAGAAAGGAGGGACCAUGUCAUGCGUGGCCAUCUCAGCGGAUGACCAGUGGCUAGUUGCAGGGUCCGAUGAGAACUAUCUGCAGGUGUGGAGUGUCCUCAGUGGUGAUCCUGUACUGCUCAUAACGGAGAACCACUCAGGGUAUGCCCGGCACGCGAACGUGGCUGUGACACAUGACUCGACGAGGAUCAUUUCACCGUCGGAAAAUGAUCUGAUGGUUUACAACAUCAACACGGGGGACAAGUUACACACGUUCCGGGGCCACACCAAACUCAUCUCAUGCAUAUGCAUCAGCGAGGACGACAGGUACGCCGUGACCGGCUCGGACGAUGCCACGGUCAAAGUGUGGUCCCUGGUUGGCCAUUACAUGAUCUGUGACAUCACGAACCACAAGAAAUACAUCACCUACGUGGGUCUGACCUCCGACGUGCUGGUAGUGUCUGCGUCCAUAGAUGGGACAUUGGUUAUCACCAAGUUGCAUCCACCCGAUGACAAACUGCCUCCCAAAACUGUCCAUGUUCUGGAGUCUUGCAAUGAGAAGCCUAUCUACUCGGCUUGCUUGAGCCGGGACGAGACACGAGUCAUCGCUGGCACGGUCAGUAUCAUAUAUGUCUGGGACGUGGCAUCGGGUAAACUACUGCACUCACUUGGAGGUCAUGAUGGUGCCAUUGACUGUGUUGCCGUCACCCAUGACAACACCCAUCUGGUAUCCGGGGCCCGUGAUGACAUCAUGGCUGUCUGGAAGUUGACCUCAGGUCGCAAGGUCCAGACUCUGGAGGGUCAGCAGGCCAUCGUCUCUCACCUCGCCCUGGCUAAGCAGCUGGUGGUCUCUGCCUCCCUACACUCUCCUUACAUUAAGCUCUGGGACAUCUCCCCGAAAUACCUGGAGCAACGGAGGAUGAUGUUUGGUGAUAGGAGUGGCUUGGUUGCUGUGACGACAGAUCAAAGCUUUGUCAUCUUCAAAGGUAUUGAUCCCUUUGCCAAGACGUCCGUCCACAACAUCCAUGUCUGGGACGCGACAACAGGCAUGGACAAGUACACCUUGCAACACCACAGUGAGGAGGUCACAUGCCUGGCCGUCAGCCACAGCGACGAGUUUGCAUUCACAGGGAGCCAGGACGCAACGGUCGUGAUGUGGCGCAUCCGAACGGGGAAGAUUCACCACACGUUCACCGGGCACGAUGCGGGGAUACGGGAUGUAUACAUCCGGGCCGACGAUCGGUACAUGGCGUGUCUGACAUGUGAGGGCGGCCUCUACAUCUGGGACCUGAAACAGCUGAAGAAGGUCGCGACUUGUGACCCUUCAGCUGACUUGGGCGAAGUCACAUGUGUUGCCUUGACGUGCCGGCAUGAGAUCCUCCUAGGUACAUCAUCGGGAGUCGUUCUCGUCAGGCAGUGGUCGCCGGAUUCUGGGGAGACCAUGGAUCUCGGGUCAUUGACGGGUCAGAGUUCAGAGGUGGCAGGUUUGGCCCUGACGUGUGACGGAACGCUGUUGGCGUCGGCAUACGAUGUUCCUUACGUGAUUGUGUGGCACCUAAAGUCGAUGGAAAAACUGUACCAGUUUAAGACUGGUUCUGUCAAGUGCAUGUGUUUCACCGGAGACAACCAAUUCCUCGUGACUGGAGCUAGUGACAGGAAGCUCCUUCUGUGGAGCAUCGCUGAUGGAACCCUAGCCACCAACCUGUACACCUACUCCAACCUGACGGCGGUCCGAACCGUCCAAUCCUCACUCAUCGUCGCCUGCACCAAGAUCGGCCAGCUCAUGGCUUUCCAUAUUCACCUACCAGGGGAGGCCGGCCAGGCCCAGAGGGACAGAGAAAUGCGGGAGAAGAGACGGAGCCUAGUGUCAUUUACGAGUAAUGGAAGCAGUAUUGGCUCAAGCAGUACCAGCGGUGCCCUGAGCACCAACAAACUGUCCAAGUUCUGUAGCAUUCUGUGAGCACCUGGUGUCGUUUACGGGUAACGGAAGCAGUAUUGGCUCAAGCAGUACCAGUGGUGCCUUGAGCACCAACAAACUGUCCAAGUUCUGUAGCAUUCUGUGAGCACCUGGUGUCGUUUACGAGUAACGGAAGCAGUAUUGGCUCAAGCAGUACCAGUGGUGCCUUGAGCAUCAACAAACUGUCCAAGUUCUGUAGCAUUCUGUGAGCACCUGGUGUCGUUUACGGGUAACGGAAGCAGUAUUGGCUCAAGCAGUACCAGUGGUGCCUUGAGCAUCAACAAACUGUCCAAGUUCUGUAGCAUUCUGUGAGCACCUGGUGGCAUUUACGUGUAACGGAAGCAGUACUGGCUCAAGCAUUAUCAGAGAUGCCUUGAGUACCAAUGAACUGUCCAAGUUCUGUAGCAUUCUGUGAGAACCUGGUGGUGUUUACGUGUAACGGAAGCAGUAUUGGCUCAAGCAGUACCAGUGGUGCCUUGAGCAUCAACAAACUGUCCAAGUUCUGUAGCAUUCUGUGAGAACCUGGUGGCAUUUACGUGUAACGGAAGCAGUUCUGGCUCAAGCAUUAUCAGAGAUGCCUUGAGUACCAAUGAACUGUCCAAGUUCUGUAGAACACCUGAGAUGGCAUCAACUUAAAUCAAGUAGAAGCUUCUUGCAUUCAACUACACCUCUGAACCAGCCAAUCGUUCCAUCAAGGCUGCAACUAUGGCAGGAAAGGCUUUAGUCAGGUGGCUUAGAUCUAAUUUUCGUCAAGAUCGUGACCAA